AUCAGCUUUUCUCUUUUUAAUGCUGUUUUACUCUGUCUGUCCAAGUAACGUUGAUGUGCGCGAAACGUGUCAAGCUGUCAAAACAAGCCCUUUUGUCCGAUCUGUCAAGACGUGAUCAGCUGGAAUCUGACACUGAUAGCCACAACAACGUCCUCGGCUGUGGCUAGCUAGAUAAGCUAGUUAGAUAUGCUAAGAUAAGUUUGGUAGGUAGUCGUACCUUGUCCUCAAUGCGUUACAGAUUUUUACAUUUAGGGUGUCGUUUUCCAAGAGUUAGCCCUCUUGCUCGAUAGAGUAGUGCUGCUCGUUUCGAUAAAUACGUGGCAUGCAACGCUAGUCAGUCACAACGGUUGUUUACAACAUGUAGCUAACGCUUGCUAGCUUGAUGUGUAUUCGUUCCGCGUUAGCAUGUUAGCGCUCAGGCGCUAGUUAGCUGCGUGCAGACGCAGAGCUGUCACUACAUGAUAAACACAUGUGACAGCCCAUGGUUGACCCUCUAUCUGUUUUGUAGAGGUUUGCAAAUGUAGACGAGACGCUAGCCCUAUAGCAUUGGUGGUUUUGCGGUUAGCGUGUAAACUGGCAUAUCUGUUGGUUUGUGCCACAGAGGAGAUGCGGUGCUGCAGUAAUCGCCGUGUCUCAGAUAUUAAUGGACACAAUAUAUAGCAACCUGUCUGUCAGUAACAUGUCAACGUCAUGGCUGUUUCAUGACAGCGCAUCAUGUCAAUGUGCUGAAGUGUGCAAGUGAAAUAGUUUGCUUAACGUUAGCUCCAGUCACAAUGAUGUUAGCUCACGGUCGUUACUAUGGUCGAUCUUUAACUAGCUGCAUCACUAAUCCCCGAAUGUGAGCUGUCUGGGCUGCAGGAUCGGUCCGAUCUAACUAACACCUUAACAGUGGCAGUUAUGUUAAAGCGCAGUAUAGACAGGACUAUUUGAAAAGCUUGUGCGACCUCUGUAAACCUUACUUUUUAAUUCUGGGCUAAGAGUGCUAAAGUAAGUUUGAUCAAGUAGAAUGGAAAGAUAAAACGCCCUCUGCUCGGAUUGUACAAAUGGAUGAAAUAAUUCUGCAGAUACAGUAGAGGAAUUUGAAGACAGUAUAAUGCAAAAGAAGAUGAAAAUUCCCAAGAUGUCCAUCAAGAAUUCAGGAAACUCUAUUGAGAACAAUUUUGGAGAGGAGAGGAUGCCACUCAGGCAUAAAAAGGCCCUGUCUCAGGACCAUGGACGCCCCCUUUCCAACUCCUCCAAGAGUCUGGCAGCAGUAGUGGCUCGUCUGGAGAGAAAUGCAGCCAGCUCCUGUAUGGAGGGCGAAGAAGACCUGGAUGAGGACCGGCUGGCAGAGGAGGGAGAGGAUGCAGACGACGAAGAUGAAGAUAUGGAUGCAGAGCAUCAGCAACAUCAUCACCAGCAGCAACCACAGCAUUUGGAGGUGGACACGGAUUGUGUGUCUGGGGUAGCUGCAGCAGUGGUUCCCAGAGUCCUGUAUGAGGAACUGGUUCAUAGCUACAGGCAACAGGAGGAGGAGAUGAGGAGGCUGCAGCAGGAGCUGGAGAGAACCCGCAGGCAGCUAGUGCAGCAGGCCAAGAAGUUAAAGGAAUAUGGCAGCUUGCUGACAGAAGUCAAAGAACUAAGGGACUUCAACAGGAGGCUGCAAGACGUACUUCUCAUGAGAUUGGGCAGCGAGCCUAUGCAUGACAAUGGCACUCAGACAAUCAAGGCUGAAGUGGUUGAACCCAUUGUUGAGGCCCAGGAAACAUGCAGAGAAGAAGCCAACACCAGUUCCAGCUACUCACCCUCACCCAGAACAGUAUACACCUGCAACGAUGGGAAGGUACACCUCGGUGGAGGGAUCUGGGUGGAGGAGGAGAAGUGGCAUCAGCUGCAGCGGACCCAGGGAGACUCCAAGUUCACAAAGAACCUGGCUGUCAUGAUCUGGGGCACAGAAACCCUCAAGAACCGUAGCGUCACUGGAGUGGCCACCAAAAAGAAGAAAGAUGCCCUGCCCAAACCUCCACUGUCGCCCAGCAAACUGAAAAUUGUCAGAGAGUGUCUCUACGACAGAGUGUCUCAAGAGACAGCGGACAGUGCAGAGAUUACGCAGAGAUUGUCCAAAGUGAACAAAUACAUCUGUGAAAAAAUAAUGGACAUCAACAAGUCCAUCAAGAACGAGGAGCGGCGGGAGUCCAAGCUGCUCAUUCGACAGACAGUCAAGAUGGAGAACUUCACCUACGAUGGCAUGUAGUGGUCAACUGUUGUCACGCCAGCGCCUUCUGCCCCCCCCCAUUGGUUAUUAUAUGAAACGUUAAAACAAAUAGACCCCUUCCCAGCUCCCUAUAGAGCAACCAUCACCUUCCUCAGUGCCCAUUGGCUAACAGACAGCUUUACCCAUCAGUGUGUGAACUAGUUUGAUAUGAGCUGGUGUGAGUGUUUUUAUAAGCUUUACAGUGGGAUUGGGACAGAGGCAUGGUUUGUUGACGUUUGUGCAUUUGUGUCAAAGGAAAGAUUACAUGUAAUUUUUAAAUUGAUUUAUUGUUCUGUGUCAGAACAUAGUUUUGAAUCCUUAAACUUUUAAAAAGUAAUUGGUGGAGAGGUUAUUUCCCUAGAUAAAGUCAUCUGCUUCUAUAAAGAUAGUGAUGCCAGCUUGCAUUAGAUCUAAGUUGUGUGGACGGCUGGAUAUUUUGGAGACUACCGAAUAGCUGCUGGGAAUCUGAGUGUUUGCUGUUGGUACUUAUUGCAUAAAAUGAGACAUCAGGGUCUCAAAUGCACAAGUUUGAAUUGGUAACAGUGAGAUUGCAUUUUGCAACAGAGAUUCUGUUGCUCCAAGAUAUUAAUUAUGUGUGUGCGCCCCCUUAACUGUAGGUCAAUCACAACACAUGGCUUUAUUAAAAAGACAGCUUACAGAGGUUAAAUGGGAAGUAUGACUCUAAUGUGGAGUCUAUAAAGUGCUGUAUUUGUUUAUUUUUUUUUAUGUUUGACCUUUUAGUUAUGAGCAUUUGCCAUCAAUGAGAACGGUUUGGAUGGGAUAUUCCCAUCUUACUCUUAAGCAAACAUGUCACUUUCAGACAAUUUGACUGUUUAAUGAGUUGUAGUGGUACAGGCACAUUAAUGCCUAGAAAGGCCUUACAUGGAUUUGGCAAUCACUAGGGUAUGCCCCUGGGUUUUCUAAUAAGCUGUGAUUGUAAAUGUAUAGUAAGCUGAAGCGAUGAAGCUUCACCUGCACUUUGCUGUGAGAAUGUGAGAGGUGGCUAGGUACUAUUUUCUGUGUGGUUCACACCAUUAGAUUGAGCUGAGCUGGGCUACUUGCUACCCCCCCUCAUCUUCAUGUGGAAGCUGUGGGUAAAGCUGUCUGAAACACUUUUGUGCUGUUUGAAGUCAUCUGGGCCUGCUGAACCCCAUAAUAACCCCUUCUUCUAUAAGCCACGCCACUGGGGAACAAAGUAAGGUCGCUCCAGUGACAAUUUCCUCUGAGCUAUGCCAUCAGAACUUUGAAAAUGUUUCUUGUAUGUUUUUACUUUUUUUUUUUUCCUCACCAGUUGUUUUAUUCUUUUGAUCUAAAAUGGUUUGUGUGGCUGUCUGCAGGCUGGAACUAAAUGCUGCAGAUUGAAAUCUCAACUGUGACCUAGCUGUGGCUAACUGUGAAUCUGCUGCAGAGCUUCCCAUCAAGCCUCUCUCCUCUUCAUACUCUAGAUUCUUGUUUGUCGGUUGUUUUAUUUCUGUCUAUCAUUUUGUCGGUCACGUUUUUUGUUAUUGCAAAAGUUCAGAUCAGCCUUUUGUUAAGCUACCUUAUGUUUUGGAGAUAUUUUAGUGUACAUAAAACUUUUAUUUUUUAUUUUUUCCACCAAACAUGGAUAUUUCAGUUUCUCGUCAUGUUACAUGUUACCGUUUUAAAGGCUCUGGUCAAGUUUUGAUUUAUCUAAUUGAGGUUGUAAUUCCAUGUUACCAGACAAUUUCUUGUUUCUUUUUACUUUUUCUUUUUUUCUUAUGAAUUGUUGGCUUUAAGCUUGAUGUUGUAUCCAAAUGUAGAUCAGUGGAAUCUACAAACAAAUGAAAAAAAUAUUUCCCUUUCUUAGCCAAAGUGAUCUCUGUGGAACAAGAAACACAAGGCUUCCGUUAACAGAGCCCAUACAUUAAGCUAGAUUCACAACAUUCAAUAUUUAAUAAGCCCCACUUAGGUUCUACCUUCUAAUGAGCUGCCACAGUAAGAUGAGAAUUUGUAUCGUUAAACCAUUGUACUUAAUUGAGACGCUGUAGUUAGAUAAAAACAAACCUUUACAUUGAAUGCACUUUAAACUUCUGGGCAAUUUCUUCAGUCAUAAAGAAAGGUAUUUGUGGUAUUUGUCCUUUUUCUUUUUUAAAUGUCUAUAUAGAUAAAGCUUAACAAUCAUUGUAUUAUCAUGAAGCACCUUAGAACAUUUUGGUUUAUUGUUUUUUAUGGCAAGAAUGAGUUAUGGGAUAGCAUUUUGUUUUGUCAGUCAGAUAUGCCCCUGACAUACCAAUGCUCCAAAACAAGUUGGAUAGAUUUAAUACUUCCAACUACUACUUAGAAGUAGUACUACUUCCAAAUAUUUCAUUCUUUUAAAAUGUAUUCGGGGUGUUUAGAAAACCAGAUUUCCACAAGUCACACUGUGUUGAAACUGGAUUCGAUAACUACGCCAUGGCCUCCUGAACAAUAAAUGGUUUACUUGGUAAGUUGACAAGCAAAAGUCAAAAAUUCUAUUUGGCUGUCCAGCCCAAAACAUGAUAUAUCAACCUGAAGAUAUUAUCCUAUGAAAUGUGCAAGCUCACUGGAAUAUGUGCUUUAACUUAAUGUGUGAAGAUGCUAGUUAUACAUAAAUAUGACUCCUAUAGAGAUAAUUGUGUAUUUUUUACAAAUGAGUGGUAAUUGUAAGCCAAAGUAUUAAAUGCUGAGAUCAAGUUAAAGAAGGGGGAUGCUGACUGGGGAAUCAGCAGGGUUUGCACAAAAGAUGGCCCAUGCCAAGGUUAUAGAGCCUAGUGAAUCUUUUUUUUUUUCUUUUCUAAACAAUAUCUCUUUUUCAUUUAUUUUUUUUUCCUGUACAAAACAACAUGUGAGGUUUACAUGGGCUAGCAUGUAUUUAAAAUACAUGCGGUUUAAAAGAAAGAAAAGAGUUCUGCUGUGCAAAGCAACCAUGCUGAAAUUCUGACACAUUGUCGUGUGUUGUGUUUGUGUUUGUUUCUUUGAUGUUUGAUGCCAAAAGGGGGUGUGGUUAAAAAGAAAGCUUUAAGAUAGAGCAUUAAUGGAGCUAUUACAAUAUCUGAAAUGUUAACUUCUUUUCAAAGGCUGGUUUCCUGUUGCGCGCGAUUAAGUCUAAUCCUUUAACUAAAACCGUCUUUCAUGGAUGAGAGCUGUAUGGAAGUACUGUAUGUUUUGAACCCAGAUUUGGUUUAAUCUGUAAUGGCAAGGCCAAUCUCUUAUCAAAUGUACCAAGUCACUUGCAGAGGAGCAGCCUGGGUUUUAGCAGCAUAUUAGUAACAUAAACCAGUACAUAGUCUGGCAAAGCCAUUAUUGGAUGGUAUAGGCUAGUUUGGCUCUGUGACACAACACACCAGACUUUCCACUCCUCUCACUGUCACACUCAAGUAGCGAUAGGGAGAAAAUGUAACCUCGCUGGCUCUGUGAUCCUCUUCCUGUGCCACCUCUAGUUCCUUACUCUGCUGUCAUUUAUAUGGACUGGAUUUAGAAAUGCAUAUGUAUCGAGAUAAUAGCAAAUCCUGUCCUCAUCGUUUGGUGUUUUGGCUUAUGUUGUGAACAUCUGUCAAAGCUUCAAAAGUGAGGGAGCUUUAUGUAGCUUUUUGACAGUUUGAUUGGGGAAAAGAGAUCAGUUCUAUCUUCACUGUGUGGAACAAGAUAAAUGGCUUCAUCUAGCAGUUUUCACAACUAAGUGCACACAAAACGCAUAACUGUUUGAGCCUCAGAUACAAUGUCAAACUUACUUCAAAUGAGAAAAAAAUGGGAGGAAUAUUGUAAGGUCUAUAUUUUUCUUAAGGUAUCAGUAACUUUGUAUACAAUCCACAAACCGGUUCUACUUCAUCUAACUUCACCGUCCUACCUCAUUGUUACUCUGGUGUUUGUUUGUCAGUGACUGUAAACUAUGUGUGUUUAUUAAAAAAAAAUCUAUAGGAAAGGUAUAAAUGGUUACUCUCAACAUGUACAGCAUAUAAAACUUGUAAAACACCUCAGUACACAAUAUCAUUCUGAGGAGAAAUCAGUUUUAUUACCUGCUUAAAGAUGCUGCUGUAAAGGGGUUGUCUCUGAAUAUAUAUCUUCGCUCUUUGCUAUGUUGUGCAGUCGAUCAGUGGUUGUGUUCUGUCUCUGUAUUGCAUUCUGAGAUUUUUACUGGUUGACGGGUGCUACCAGCAAACAGUUCAAAAACUGAUCUGUCUAUCGGACCUCAAAUGGUGCUGUUUUUCUAUGUUUUUAUCCUCAUUCAGCUAUGUUUUAUUCAGGUGUGUCAACUGCCACUAUCCCCUCAGCUAAUCAGAUUUUAAGCCAAAAUAUUUCGCGAAACGAUAACCCUGCUAUUACUGUAUCAACUAUAUGCUAUCCACCCAAAUAUUGUAGAUGGUGAUUAUAUCCUCAGCUGUGAGCUUCAGAAGUACCUCAUAACUUGCUGAUUUUCAUUAGAUGCAUCUGCUUCUAGCAUCUGUUGUCUACCAAUAUCACAUUGUUGCAGUGUAUUUUCAGAAAUAUGCAUUUUUACUGAUUAGAUCAGGUUUCACUAUACCUGAUUAGUGACCUAUACAUGAUUAUUAGAUCACACUCAGAUGACCGAUACAUUUAAAGGAUACCACUUGUCAUAAAAGGAAAUCUCAGUCGGACUGGGAAGCGUGUGAUACAGUAGAAGAGGUCCUCAGCAAAACAAUGUUCUGUUUGAGUCAGUGUUAAGUUUGUUUCACAGAAGUGGGAUUCCAUUGGUAGUUGUAUUUAUGGUGGAAAAGUAAUAUCUAUUAGAAGUGAUUUGGGGAAUGUACAAACUAGAGCCCCACCUGGUUGAAAUGCUAUGUGUCAAACAAACAUAAUAGAGAUCACAGAGUCUUCAUGGUGCAUUCAUGGAGACUGUUUUGGGGAGUUUCAGCAUGUCACUUUUGUAAUGAUUGAUUUUAUUUAGUUGCCACUUUAAUCUGUGAUUUCCCAGUUGUAUCUCUUUGUCCCUUACUAAUAUUUUAACAACUCAAAUGUAAUUUCCACUGUUAAAAAAUAGGAAUUUGGUGUAGCAAUUUGUUCAUGAUUAACUUAUUGUGAGCUAAAGUCAAAUGUACAGCACCGUGUCUGGACUUGGCUUUAUUAUACAACAAGUGCAUUAUAUUGUCUUUUACCCUGUACAGUCACAAUGGAAUCUUUUCUGCGCCAAAGUGUUUUUUUGGGGGCGGGGGGGUUCGCUUUACCUGUCUGUAUAUAAAUAUUUGUUGGUUUUUUUUGUUACUCUAUGUCUGUGAACAUGUAAUGUGCUGGGGAUCUCCUCUCUACUGUGAGCAGUGUGUGUUCAAAUGCACAGCAGUUGGUUUCAUGGAAGCACUUAAGCCAUUCGUUGGACUGUUUCAUAAUGGUUCAAUUUUAAGCUUUGCUCUGGUCCGGGGAAUUGACCCAGAGAGCUUUGUGUGUAAUUGAAUUCCUAUGCAGGUGCUGAGUUGUAAUCACCUGGUACCACAUCACUGUUGGUUGGAGGGACAUCCAGGGAGAGAGAUAACUGGGGAGUGUUCAAACCUUUGAAUGUGUCUGCACAGACUCAAGAUUGAGUCAAAGGGGACAAUGGCGACAUGACAAAUCCGUACAAUCCGUACGUAACAAUUACUAGGUUUUCGUUGAAUUAAACUGAGCUAUACAGGGCUGCUUGGGUAUAUACCUGUCUGUAGUUGUAACUGCAUUGCAAUGAUCAUUAGGGAAAGACAGGGUUAUUACUGUAUGGAGAAUUUCCAGUUGGUAUGAUAAUGUGAAAAGAAUGUUAAGACUAUUGCAGUAAACACUCCCUCACCCUACUUCAGCCUCCCAGAGGCAACCCUACAUUUACAGAAAAUGUUAGAAGUAUAUGCGAUAGAGAGUGUACAUGUCUUUGCUAAACCGGCCACACCUCUGCUAUGCGAGCAGCUCUUUGACGCUUAGCAUCCUGUUCUGUGUUUUCUCUUGCUGCAUUCAGGAACACCUGUUUAAUGUAUAGAUAAACAGAAAUAAAUCCAGACUUUUAUUCUAUCAGCACAAA